AUGACUUUUCAAAUGCAGGAGCGGAGCCCUUUCGACACCACUUUCUCCCUGCCCAGCGCCCAGAGCCUUUCACUCCAGGAGGAGCAGGAGGUCAAGGAGACCCCCGUGCCCAUCCCUGUCCCACUGCCUGACCCCACACCGUGCCCUCAGGAGAAACAGGAGAUCAAGGAGCUCCCCGUGCCCACCCCGUGCCCUCAGGAGAAGCAGGAGGUCAAGGAGACCCCCGUGCCCAUCCCUGUCCCGCUGCCCGACCCCACCCCGUGUCCCCAGCAGAAGCAGGAGAUCAAAGAGACCCCUACCCCCGUGCCCACCCCGUGCCCCCAGGAGAAGCAGCAGGAGAUCAAGGAGCUCCCUGUGCCCACCCCGUGUCCCCAAGAGAAGCAGGAGAUAAAGGAGCUCCCUGUGCCCACCCCAUGUCCCCAGGAGAAGCAGGAGGUCAAGGAGCUCCCUGUGCCCACCCCGUGUCCCCAAGAGAAGCAGGAGAUAAAGGAGCUCCCUGUGCCCACCCCGUGUCCCCAAGAGAAGCAGGAGAUCAAGGAGACCCCCGUGCCCACCCCAUGUCCCCAGGAGAAGCAGCAGGUCAAGGAGCUCCCUGUGCCCACCCCGUGCCCCCAGGAGAAGCAGGAGAUCAAGGAGACCCCCGUGCCCAUCCCUGUCCCGCUGCCCGACCCCACCCCGUGUCCCCAGCAGAAGCAGGAGAUCGAGGAGCUCCCCGUGCCCACCCCGUGCCCUCAGGGGAAGCAGGAGUGCCAGGACGCCCCGGUGCCAGUGCCAGCUCCCUGUCCCGACCCCGAGCAGCUCUCCCUUCCCGAGAAAGCCCCUCCCGUGGAGCAGCAGCAGCUCAAACAGCCCAACCCGUGGCCUCCCGCCCAGAAGUAA